GCGACAGACAGACAGAAAGGCAGUUUGUGUGUGUUUGUGUGUUUGUGUUUUGUGUUUGCUUCGCCAGUGAACACACACGCACGCAAUGGCAUCGUUUGACGGCGGUGCUGAUGCCGCGAACAAUAGCAGCCAUGCUGCGAUUGCUGCCGUGCGGAACACGAUGAAGGAGCGCGAGGAGAUGGAGAAGCUCAACGACAACCUUGAGGUGUACAUUCGACGGACAUCUGCGCUCUAUUCGUCACACUCCACGCUCGUGUCACUCCAGGCAUCCCGACGGACGUCGGUGGUCGCUUCCACACCAACGGCAUCGCCAUCCAAAUCAAACGAAGAGCGCCUGCGCAAGGAAGUGAAACGGCAGCAAGCAGAGAUUGACAGGCUACAGUCACUGGCAUCGCAGCUUGAGAAACAGUUUGAGAACGCCGUCGAGGUGAAGGACACGGCCCUCAAUCAGCUGGAGGAAUGUGCUGCCACCCAACAGGACCUGCGCACGGAGUUGGAGAAGCAGAAGGAGGCGUAUGAUGCCCGCCUUGCGUCGACAGAGGCGACCAUCUCUUCCAUGACCGCGGAAUUGGAGGAGUCACGUGCACGCGCACACGCCGCCGAGCGCCGUGUGAUUGCGGCAGAGGCGGAAGUGGUGACGCUGAAACACCAGCUCAAUCACCAGCAGUCGCUCCACGAGACAACGGUGACGACGCUUGAGGAAGAGCUGCAGGCGUGCACAAAGGCGAUGGCGAGCAAGCAGGCACCCGACACCACAAUUGAUGCUGCUGUGGCGGAGGUGAAGAAGGAGUUUCAAGCAGCAGCCAACGCCUACCGCCACAAGCUGCGCCAGUACUACGCAACACAUGCCAGGGGACCGCAAGCGAUGAGCAGCUCUUGGUUCACGGAGGAGAGGAUGGCGCUGAAGCAGCAGGUGUUUACCCUGACGAAAGAAAAGGCGGAUCUGAGCACAACAAACGCGAGCCUGCAUGCAACGGUGGAUGCAUGCAAGCAAGAGGUUGCUGCCAUACGCCAGUCAAUGAAGGAUGCCGUUCAUCACCACACGACAGAAAUCAAAGCAAAAGAGGAGCGGAUUGCUGCUCUCACUGCGCACAUACGCGCAAACGAGAAGAAAUACGCCGAUCUUCUCGAUGAACGGUUGUGGCUGGAUGCUGAGAUUGACGAGUACCGACGCCUGCUCAACUCCAUCCAGCGCCCGCCGCGCCCAAAGAAGAAGAAGGCAACGCCCACGAGGCUGUCCUUGCCUGCAGGCACGCCCGCCCCAAGGACGCAGGCGACCACCGCACCCGUUGAAAGCGACAAAAGCGAUGCCAGCAGUGGUGGCCCCGGCAGACUGGAGCUGCGUGAUGUCGACACGAAGGUGGAGUGUCUGCUCGUCGCCAAUCCGUCCAAGACGAGCAGUGUUGACAUUGACGGCUGGGCGCUGACUGCAAGCGCCGACAACGACCUCAUCUCAACCCUCGAAUUCAGUGCGCACGUGCUGCCCCCUGGUGGUGUUCUCCGCGUUUUCCAGCAGCGCAACGAGCACUUUGUCGAGAACCGCGACUGCCUCUGGGACGAGCUGACGCGACCGCGUGAGUGGGGGGACGGACAAAAGGGGGCGGGUAGCGAUGGGGAGGGAUUGUGA